ACCCCAACCUUCGCAAAACCUCCAGCAUGUCUACAACCCACGGCACCCCUAAAGCAAUCCCAAUCUGGAUCAUCUUCUCAACCCUGGUAGUAAUUUACGACGCAUUGUACAUCCUCUUCCGCCCAUACUCCUUCCCCCCCAGCGCCCUCUCUAAGAUCUAGCCGGGCCACACCUUCUACGCCACGGUAGACCACCUCUACAGCGCCAGCACCUUCGCCGAGCAAGAUGGCUUCCCGGCCGCACAGAGUUGGAUGAACCUUGUCGAGUCGGCUGUCAAUCUCGUCUACCUUGCCAAGUACUAUUGCGGCGGCGGCGGCGGCGGCGCCGGGGGUGAAAUGCUGGUGGCGGGGUUCGCUGGUGUGCUCAUGACACUAGCGAAGACGACGUUGUUUGUGCUUAACGAGUUUUGUGCCGGGGGGAGGCAUGUUGCGCAUAACGAUUUGAAGAAUUUUGUCCUGUUUUAUGUCUUGCCUAAUGGUCUUUGGAUCGCGUUUCCGGGUUGGUGCACGUAUUGGUUUGCCAGGGAGAUUGUCAAGGGAAUUGACACUGGGAGUGGGGGUAAGGUUAAGAAGAGGGUUUGAGUUUGAGGUGGGGGGAGGGGAGGGAUAGAUUGUUUUUGGACGGAUUGGGUGGAUUCUUGUAUGAUAGACUAAUGGGUGGUUUCCGGCUUCGCCUCAGCUGGUGUAUCAGGAUCA